GGCUAGUGGUAACAGGCCGAGCUGGAUGGAUGGGUAUGGGGAGAGGGGCAGGACGCUCAGCCCUGGGAUUCUGGCCGACCCUCGCCUUCCUUCUCUGCAGCUUCCCCGCAGCCAUCUCCCCGUGCAAGAUCCUCAAGUGCAACUCUGAGUUCUGGAGCGCCACGUCCGGCAGCCACAGCCCGGCCUCUGACGACGCCCCUGAGUUCUGCGCUGCCCUGCGCACCUACGCCCUGUGCACGCGGCGGACGGCCCGCACCUGCCGGGGUGACCUGGCCUACCACUCCGCAGUCCAUGGCAUAGAGGACCUCAUGAGCCAGCACAACUGCUCCAAGGAUGGCCCCACCUCGCAGCCUCGCCUGCGCACACUUCCACCAGCGGGGGACAGCCAGGAGCGCUCGGACAGCCCCGAGAUCUGCCACUACGAGAAGAGCUUCCACAAGCACUCAGCCGCCCCCAACUACACGCACUGUGGUCUGUUCGGGGACCCGCACCUCAGGACUUUCACAGACCGCUUCCAGACCUGCAAGGUGCAGGGCGCCUGGCCACUCAUCGACAAUAAUUACCUGAACGUGCAGGUCACCAACACACCUGUGCUGCCUGGCUCCCCUGCCACUGCCACCAGCAAGCUCACCAUCAUCUUCAAGAACUUCCAAGAGUGUGUGGACCAGAAGGUGUACCAGGCCGAGAUGGAUGAGCUCCCGGCAGCCUUCGCCGACGGCUCCAAGAACGGCGGGGACAGGCACGGGGCCAACAGCUUGAAGAUCACGGAGAAGGUGUCGGGCCAGCACGUGGAGAUCCAGGCCAAGUACAUCGGCACCACCAUCGUGGUGCGCCAGGUGGGCCGCUACCUGACCUUUGCGGUCCGCAUGCCCGAGGAGGUGGUCAACGCCGUGGAGGACCGGGACAGCCAGGGCCUCUACCUCUGCCUGCGGGGCUGCCCGCUCAACCAGCAGAUCGACUUCCAGGCCUUCCGGGCCAGCGCCGAGGGCCCCGACGCCCGCAGGCCAGUGGCCGCCAGCCCCGCCCCCGCGGCCCCUGAAACGUUCCCCUAUGAGACGGCCGUGGCCAAGUGCAAGGAGAAGCUGCCCGUGGAGGACCUGUACUACCAGGCCUGCGUCUUCGACCUCCUCACCACAGGCGACGUGAACUUCACGCUGGCCGCCUACUACGCCCUGGAGGACGUCAAGAUGCUCCACUCCAACAAGGACAAACUGCACCUGUAUGAAAGGACUCGGGAGCUGCCAGGCGGGGUGGCCGCUGCGGGGCAGCCCCUGGCCCCCUGGCCGCUCCUCAGCACCCUGGCCCUCCUCGCCCUGCUGCCUGUGUUGUGGUAGGAAGGCAGCCGUCAUGAGGAUGUGGAGGGAUGCACAGACUCCACCCCCAGCCUUGGGGCUCCUACUCCUCAGUGCGAGGGCUGGGGACACCAACAGGGUGCAGACUGGCAGGCACAC